AUGUCGCCGGUCCAGGACAAGUUGGUGCUGUCUGCGUGCCACCUACUGGUCUCACUGGCCACCACUGUGCGGCCUGUCUUUCUGAUCAGCAUCCCUGCAGUGCAGAAAGUGUUCAACAGAAUCACCGCUGCCUCUGCCCAGCGGCUGGUCGAUAAGAGUUCUUACCUGGGCGGCACUGGUGAGCCGCGGCGCCGGCCCCUCUCUAACAUCUUACUGCUUCCGUGGCUGAACCUUCCAGAGAAUGAGCAGCAGUGGCCUGUGUGCUCCAUCAACCACCCCAGCCUCAUCUCCGCGCUCUCCCGGGACUAUCGCGACCUGAAACCCAGUGACGUCACUCCACAGAGAAAGGUGCCACUGGAUGACACCAAAGUGAUCAUCCACCAGACAUUUAGUGUCUUAGAAGACAUCGUGGAGAAUAUCUCUGGGGAGUCCACCAAGUUCCUCCAGAUCUGCUACCACUCGCUGCAGGAAUCCGUUCAGGUCUCCCGGGCCCUCUUUCCAGCUUUUAUCCAUCAGUCAAAUGUGACUGAUGAGAUGCUGAGCUUCUUCCUCACCCUGUUUCGAGGCCUUCGAGUCCAGAUGGGCGUGCCUUUCACUGAGAAGAUCAUACAGACUUUCCUCAACAUGUUUACCAGAGAGCAGCUGGCGGAGAGCAUCCUGCACGAGGGCAGCACCGGCUGCCGCGUGGUGGAGAAGUUCCUGAAGAUCCUGCAGGUGGUGGUGCAGGAGCCUGGCCAGGUGUUCAAGCCCUUCCUCCCCAGCAUCAUUGCCCUGUGCAUGGAGCAGGUGUACCCCAUCAUCGCGGAGACCCUCUAUCACAACUGGAGGUACUUCUUCAAGUCCACUGUGCUGACCAGCGUGCAGCUGGGGCUAGCCGAGGAGCAGAGGGAGAACGAGCCCCAGUUCAGUGCCAUCAUGCAGGCUUUUGGACAGUCCUUUCUCCAGCCUGACAUCCACCUUUUGAAGCAAAAUCUCUUCUACUUGGAGACUCUCAACACCAAGCAGAAGCUGUACCACAAGAAGACCUUCCGGACCAACAUGCUGUUCCAGUUCGUGAACGUGCUGCUCCAGGUCCUCGUUCACAAGUCCCAUGACCUCCUGCAGGAAGAGCUCGGCAUCGCCAUUUACAACAUGGCCUCUGUGGACUUCGACGGCUUCUUUGCGGCCUUCCUGCCAGAGUUCCACUGUGACGGUGUGGAUGCCAACCAGAAAAACGUGUUGGGGCAGAGUUUCAAGAUGGAUCCGGUGAGGUGAGAGGGCUGAGAGUAGGGCCAAUGUGGGCCAGGGGCGGGGGCUCAUCAGGGCCCGGGCCUGGUUGUGCACAUUCUGGAGGUUGGCCACAGUUUGUCCAGUGGAUGCCCCGGGGCUGGGCUGCCUUUCGGUGGAGGGGCACGCGCUCUUCCCCAGUCUCGGCUUCUGCAUCGUCGUCUCAGCCACGUGUGCCCACCUCCUGGGCCUAGCACUCAGCUCCUUUGUCCUGACCUGUGCCGUCACCCUGCCCUCGUCUCAAUAUGGGGAGGCACUCCUCCGAGCCAGCACUGGUGUGGUAGAAGCCGCGCCGGGUACUCUUGCCCAAACUUGCAGACAGGCGGAGAAGAUUGGUGCCCGGCAGCUGUGCCCGGGGGGCCGGGGUUAGAGCUGGGGCUGACCUGCGGCCACCAGUCCUGGGAGUGGCCCUCACAGCACGCACCUGGGCCGUCUCCACCUGACAGCAAGCAUCGCUGGUGAUGCGUGCUGUGCCGCUGCACGGUGCCCGGCAUCUGCUGUGGCCUCCUUCCUGGGCGCUGCCUCCUCCUCCUGCCGCAGGUGCCCCAGUCUCUGGGCCCAGCAGGCUGCUCGGGGAGCUUCCCUUGUGGAAUAAGCAAUGUUCCUCUUUAUCUGCCUGAUCCUGGGUCAGGUCAGGGGAGGUCCUGAUGGCAUGUUCGUGCCUGCACGUCAGUGUGGGGAGCCGCAGCUGCUCCAGGGGAGCAGCCGUAACGACUCUCUGCUUUGUGAUGUGCAGCAGGGCGGUUUCUUCUCACAUCCUACUUACUUUUGUCUUGGAUCGGCUUUUACUUGGGUUUGUCUGGUCCUCUCCUGAGCUUCUGGAAGUUCACUUCAGCUACUUGGGUAUUUUUCCUUCCUUGUAUAUUUUUUAAAGAUUAUCAAUUUAUUUAAUUUAUUUAAAAGGCGAGUGACAGAGGGACAUUCUGUUUGCUGGUUCACUUUCUAGAUGGCCACAACAGCCAAGUCUGAGGCAGGCGAAAGCCAGGAACCAGGAACUCCAUCUGGGUCUCCACAGGGACCCAAGUGUUAGGCCAUCUUCUGCUGCAUUCCCAGGUGCAUUAGCAGGGAGCUGGGUCAGAAAUGGAGCAGCCGGGACUCAAAUCAGUGUUCCCAUAUGGGAGGCCAGCAUUGCAAGCUGUGGCUUAACCUGCCGUGCCACAACCCUGCCCCGCCUCCCUUUCAUCAGAGGCUGGAUUCUCUAUUAAUGAUCAGUUUCUAACGACAUGAAUUUCGUCAACUUGUUGAUUUUAAAACAUGGCUUCUGCUUCUACUUACACAUCGGAAGCACUUGGGUGUGUAUGAAAAAAUAGGGAAGCACACUCAGGCUCCACUCUGGAACUUCUGAUUUGCUGUUUAAAAGGCAACCCCCAUGGCGCUGGUUCUAGUCCCGGCUGUUCCACUUCCGAUUCAGCUCUCUGAUAUGGUCUUGGAAAGCAGAAGAAGAUGGCCCAAGUCUUGGGUCCCUGCACCCGUGUGGCAGACCCGGAAGGAGCUCCCAGUUCCUGGUUUCGGGUGAGCCCAACUCCAGCCAUUGUGGCCUUUUGGGGAGUAAACCAGUGAAUGGAAGCUCACUCUCUUCCUCUCAGAUAAAAAGGCAUUGCCCCUUCUGUUCGUGAAUUCACUGUGAGUUUGAAGCCGCUGCCUGGAGUCUGGGUCCACAAGCUCCUGCCUUCACCCAGUCUUGCUGGGAAGAUGGGCUUGCAGUGUGCUUGGAAGAGGCGGAGGGUCAUGUGGCGGGUGCCCGGGAGGCACCGGGAUCCCCUGGGGGUCCUGCAGAGGGUGCACUUAGCAGUCAGGAGCAGAACUGCCAAGGACAGCUGAGGACAGUGCCGCUUUCUCACCAUUCCACCCCUCAGCCCGGGAGAGACGCCAUGGGCCCCGCUGUGGGACUCCUCUGCCAGCCCCUCCCCCGAUUGCCUUGAAAUCUCGGCUCUUUGUCAGAGAUUCACAGACUCGUGUUUUUGUUCUUGUUUUCUCAGCAUUCCAUUGUGAUACUAAGAGACUAAGAGGCUUAAUGAGCAAUAAAAGGCUUAUGUUGUUAUAAACCCUGGUGCAGAGCUUCUUUCCACUCGGGCCUCUGCCUGGCCGGCAUCCUGCCGGGGAGCAGGGUGGCGAGGCUUGAGGCCUCCACGGCGGGCCACUCGGAGCCACAGGCAGACCAGGACCCCAGUUCUAGUGAGGGCAGGAGUGGCGGCCUGGACAGCCGGCCCAUGGGGGAGGUAGCACUGGCAUCCAGGCCCGCUCCUUCCCUUCCCAGGAUGCCCGGCCAGAGCUGAGGGUUCUGCGGGGGUGGGAGGGGAGGCCUCUUGAUGGAGCACCCAGGGGUAGAGGGUG